ACACUGUUUUCAGGAAAGUUAUCUAAAGGAGAUAACAAGGCAUUAACGGAAGCGCAAAGGAAUAGACCUUUCGUUUGUGCCUGGCAGGUUUUUGUUUUCAUUUUUGCUACCAGUUACCAAUAAACACCAAUUAAAAACCAUCUUUUUAUCCUAUAAAAGCACAAUCAUCUAGGCUACCUUCAAAAAUCUCUCCAACCCACUACCUUGAUUCAUUUCAUCAGCAGCAUUAUAUAUAUAUAUAUAUAGCAGUUGUGUAUUGAGAAUGGAGGAUCUAGCAAAGAACGUGUUGAUCACUUCAGAUGGAGAUGAAAUUUCAGUGAACAUUGCUUUGCAUUUAGCCAAACGUGGUUGCAGGUUGGUAUUAAUGGGGAAUGAGUGCUCUUUGAGGAGUGCCAAACAGAAAAUAAUGGAUUCAAUUAUGAAAGUGGUGGUCCCAGAGCCAGUAGCGGUGGUUGGUUUGGACAUGGAAGAUGAAAGAGAAGGAGCUUUUAAUGAUGCAGUGGAUAAAGCAUGGAGAGCUUUUGGACACUUGGAUGCUCUUGUCAAUUGUCAUGCUUACGAAGAUGGGAUGGGAUUAGAUAUUAAGCCAAGACGCUUUGAUUUUUCAACAAUGAACCACCACGGGAAGAUGCAAGACCAUCUGCAAUUAGCUGAAGGAGAGUUCAGAAAAAUCGUAAAAGUAAAUUUUAUGGCUCCAUGGUAUCUGUUAAAAGCUGUUGGGAGGCGAAUGCGGGAUCGUAAAUCGGGUGGUUCCGUCGUAUUCAUGACCACCAUACUUGGUGCUGAAAGAGGACUUUAUCAAGGAGCUGCAGCAUAUGGUUCAUGUUUGGCAGGAGUGCAGCAGUUAGUUAGAGUAUCUGCUUUGGAGAUUGGAAAACACAAUAUUAGGGUUAAUGCAAUUGCUCGUGGUUUACACUUAGAAGAUGAAUUUCCUAAGUCAGUUGGAAAGGUCAGAGCAGAGAAGUUGGUGAAAGCAGCAGCUCCAUUGCAAAGAUGGUUGGAUGUUAAAAAUGAUUUGGCUUCAACUGUCAUCUAUCUAAUCAGUGAUGGUUCAUGCUAUAUGACAGGAACAACCGUAUUCGUUGAUGGGGCACAGUCAAUAGUUAGGCCUCGUAUGCGAUCAUAUAUAUAGUUCCUUUUACUAUUACACUGACACAAAAAGCAUGCAUUUAGUUUGUUAGGUGUGAGAACUAUAUGUUUUUUUUUACAUAUGAUUUAUUGAAGAGGUCAUAAACUUAGCUAAAUCAACGAGUACCAAGUGACAUGUUCAAUUCAUUUACUUUUAGGUGUGGAGGUUUUGUAAGAUUAAAAUGUUUGUGAACUGGAAGUGAUGAUUGAAAGUGAUUUAACAUGUAUACUUCAAUUUAGAUAGUUUGAAAUAAGCCUAAAAUAAAUAUUGUUUCAAA